AGAUCCAGGGAAAGACGGAGAUCCAGGGAAAGACGGAGAUCCAGGGACACAGCUGGCGUGCCGGAGGUGCCAGCCGGCUCCAUCCCACGGGUUUUCCCCGGGCCGGCUCCGCCGCUCCUCCUCCCGCAGCGGCUGCGGCAGCGGGCGGGGCGCAGGGACCGGCCCGGGGCCGCGGAGAGAGCGGGCGGGAGCCCGGUGUUGUGCAUCCCGGCAUUCCAGCAUCCCGGUGUUCCAGCAGCCCGGCAUUUCUGCAUCCCGGUGUUCCCGCAUCCCGGUGUUGUGCAUCCCGGCAUUCCAGCAUCCCGGUGUUCCCGGUACCGGCGCUCAUUCCCCGCUCAGCUCUGCUCGCCCAAGGACAUCGCUGCGGAGCCGCGUCCCGGAGCAUCCCCCAGGCAGGGGCCGCUGUCACGGCGAGUCCCCCCCGGCGGCUCGGUGCUCUCCAACCCCACUGGAGCUGAAGAUGGACGUGAAGAGGGUGAAGGACUACCUGUACUGGCUGUACUACCAGUACCAGCUGGUGACCUGCAGCUACGUGCUGGAGCCCUGGGAGCAGUCCAUGUUCCACACCAUCACCGUCACCGUGCUGGCCAUGGUGGUGUACACAGCCUACGUCUUCGUGCCCAUCCACGUCCGCCUGGCCUUGCAAUUCUUCUCCCAGAUUUUCGGGCCCCAGGCCGAGAGCGCCGUGCUGAACUGAGCCGGGCCCAGCAGGGCCCUGCAGCUCUGUGAAAUGCUGAUCCUGCUGAAGUUUGGCCCUUAGGACAACCCUGCCUGCUUCUCCUCCGGGCUUGGAGAGCGGAGAGAGUCACCCAGCACGGCCCCUCUUCCAUAAACGCUCUGGGAAUGGCACCCAGCUCCUGGAAGGGCACAGGAUCCACGCAGCUCCAGGUCCUGGAAGGGCACAGGAUGCACGCAGCUCCAGGUCCUGGAAGGGCACAGGAUCCACACAGUUCCAGGUACUGGAAGGGCACAGGAUCCACACAGUUCCAGCUCCUGGAAUGGCACAGGAUCUACACAGCUCCAGGUCCUGGAAUGACACAGGAUCCACGCAGCUCCAGCUCCUGGAAUGGCACAGGAUCCACACAGCUCC